UACAUACUUCUUCGACCUGAGUCGUCCUCAGUCGACGUGGGACACUGGCGACAGUAACUCCCAGCCGGGGACAUGUUGGUAACUCGUUCCUGACAGUGGCCGCGCCGGCGGAUCCUUCGUCAAUAGAGAAUCCUUCCUUCCUGCUGGAACGUGACGCGUGAAACUUCGCACGGAUAAUAACGCCGGCUGAAUUUGAUCACGGAAAAUGAGGUUCUCCCGGUGCGUUGGAUUAUUGGUCGCUCUGUCUCUUGCCUCGGGAACACAUCAAGCUGCGGUCUGCGAAACGAAGAAAGUCGAAUAGUCGGUGGUCAAACAACUCGCAUGAAUGAAUUCCCAUGGAUGGCCCGGCUUUCGUAUUUGAACAAAUUCUACUGUGGUGGAACGUUGAUUAAUGAUCGCUACGUUCUCACCGCGGCUCACUGUGUUAAAGGGUUCAUGUGGUUCAUGAUCAAGGUUACGUUCGGUGAACACGACAGGUGUACCGAGACAGGAGCUGAGACCAGGUACGUGGUCAGAGUGCAAACUGGUGAUUUCAGCUUCCUAAAUUUCGAUAACGACAUCGCUCUUUUACGGCUGAACGAAAGAGUACCAUUCGGCGACACUAUAAGGCCAAUAUGCCUGCCAUCCCAAAGAGAUAAGGAUUACACAGGGACAAAAGCAAUCGCGUCCGGUUGGGGUACCUUGCACGAGGAGGGAAAGCCAUCUUGCUUGCUGCAGGAAGUCGAGGUACCGGUUAUGAGCCUUCAGGACUGCCGUAACACAAGCUACAGUCCGCGUAUGAUCUCUGAUAACAUGAUGUGCGCUGGAUAUCUCGAUGGCCAGAAAGAUUCUUGCCAGGGUGACAGCGGAGGACCGCUCAUAGCCGAACGCGAAGACAAGAAAUACGAGCUCAUAGGUGUAGUAUCCUGGGGAAAUGGAUGUGCUCGAGCAGGAUAUCCUGGUGUUUACACAAGAGUCACUCGAUAUAUAGAUUGGAUAGUUUACCACUCGCGAGAGGGAUGUUUUUGCGAACAAAAUUAAGAUCAGUUGUGGAAAGCAAUAGAUUUUUCUCGGCAUUAUAUCAAUUAUCCUUGUAAAGAAAGAAUUGCACAGGAAUAAAUACAAGUAUCUCUACUUGUAUUAAAUGCUCGCGUAGAAAAUAAUUUCUACGCAAAGACGUAUUUAUUGACUUUUGACAAAUAUCAUUUUGCAAAAGAACGUACUCAAAUGUAAAUGAUGUCUGAUUCGAACCUUUAUUUAAGUAAGAAUUACUUGAAGAAUAUGUGAAAAAUAAAACGAUUUGUGGUUCGCCACAGAUUAUUCGACACUCUCAUUUAUUAAAUCGAUGUAUCAUAAAAAUUAAUAAUCAACAGUUUCUUAAAUAACACAUCGAAUUCAUUGAUUUCACGUCAAAGAAUAAUUAAAAGAUAACUUUUUUUUACGCUCGCUCGACAUUUCAAAAGUUACUUAAUCGCUUUGAAUCGAUUUACUGAAUUUAAACCUCACAUGAAGGAAAGAUGAAAUAAUUGAUGGAAAUAUUUUUCAAACGUUUAAACUACACAUCUGAGCAUGAAUUUCUGUUUGAAUAAGAAAUCGUAUCGAAUCAACUUCUGUUACUAUUUUCAUCAGGUUCGUAUUAAAUAUAAUUCCCAAAUUUCAGCAAUUCGCGAAAAGCAGAGGUAAUCAAUUCAGUCAAUCAGCACGAUUCGAUUAUACUCGAUCAGAACUCGACAGAAACGAUUACAUUCAGCAAAUAAUCUGUACAUACGCAUGUGUACAAAGAUAAGGAAUGCAUGUUUCAAGUCGAAGCGUAUGCAAAUGAAAGUUUACGAUCGGAUACUAUACGUGUCAGACGUAUUCCAUUUCCAUGAAUUGGUCCAUUUGUGCGAUGUCUGAAACAGCCUAACGGUAUCGAGCAACCGGUUACCAACCGGUUGUAAUUCAAAUGAAACUGAAACGAGCAAAAGCAUGAUCGAUGUCGAUAGGAACCACACGUUUGUGCGUCCGACAUUCAGGAAAAGAACCUUGUGUACUCUUCGAGAUGCGGGUAACGACAAUCCCGCUAUAUAAGACAAACCGACCGUUUAGUCGGGGCCCAGUAUCGUUUCGACAGCCGAAAGAAAAGCCAUGAAGCUGCAAAAUUUCGUCGAAUAUCUCGUUUGUGGUUUGCUGUUGGAGCUCGCCUCGAGAUCCAUUCACUGCAGUAAACUUAAUUCAUCUGAUUUGCCUGUUGCUUUCAUUAGUGGCGUGCAGGAUGACGAAUUGGCACAGACGCGAGGCGUCCUGGACUUUCUGUUUGGCAGAUUCAGAACUUGCGGCAAUUGUCUUUGCGGCAGGCCAAAUCGACCUAGUGAAACGCGAUUCCUCGGCGGCGAGUAUACAAAGACUCACGAAUUCCCCUGGCUUGCGAAUAUUCGCGUGAAAUCGAAAUUACUUGUCGGUGGAGCUCUAAUAAACGAUCGUUACGUUUUAUCCUCGGCCAGUCCAUUUAUUGGUGUGACCACGCCAGAAAUAAAAGUAUUCUUUGGAGAAUACGAUCGAUGCAAUUUGGAUGUGUCGUCGACCACCGUCAGCGUUGAAUCUUUGAUUCUGUAUCCAGAGUAUAAUAUGGAAUCACACGCUCAUAACUUGGCACUCAUAAGAUUGAGCCAACCGAUUAAAUUCGAGAGAAGAAUAUCGCCCAUUUGUCUGCCAAAUCCUGGUUCAACUUAUCUUGGACAGGUUGGAACUUUGGUUGGAUGGACAUUAAGCACAGGAGAGGACACGAGCAAUAAUGAAACUUGUCGGCCGCGAAAAUUAGGCCUUCCAAUUUUGGGACGCGAGGAAUGUAUUAGAUCUGGCAUAAGUUCUAUGAACUUCCACGACGAUUCAGGCUGCAUUGGAGUAUUAGGUGGAAGCUCUAUUGUAUGCGAGGUAUAAUUUCGGACAUAAACAAAUGUGGUAGCACUCCUGCCAUUUCGAUAUUUACAAGAGUUGGUCCACAUUUAAAUUGGAUAUUACAACACACUAAAGAUGCGUGUUAUUGUUCAAAAUAAUAGAUUAUUAUUUCAUGACACUUGCAUUACAGCAAGUUUCUCUAAAUUACACGUGCAUUGAACUAUGAUCUUCUCUCUUUUGUAAAUAAAUUAUUAUUUAUAUUAUCGCUCUAAAUGUCUGAAAAGAAUAUGUAAAAGAAUAUUAAAUGAGGAAACAUUAAUUAUUUCGAUCUCACAAUGAAAAAUAACCUUGUGAAAGUAUAUACGUACAAUAAUGUUCAGUUUGUUGUACGAAAUUUAUUACAUACUCGAUGUCGGAACUUACAAUAAUAUUUUUAUCGUAUAUGUGUGUACAAGUGGACGGUAUUUGCAAUCAUGACAAAUUAAUUUGGUAUAAGUCUCGAUGAAUAUAUAACUCAUUUGAAUCGAUUGUUUGGAUUUGUUAUAAAUACAUAGAUAUCAGUAUAAUCACCUGAAUAUUUUGUGCACUGAGAGAACUUAAAUCUAGUACAUACAUAUACAUAAAUAGUAUUGCUUAGAUAUUUCUCACAUUAAUGUUAAUGCAUUCGAAUUUUCGAAAUAACGAAUAUGUGACAUGGAAUUAUAAAGCUUUCCUUGGAAUAUAACAUUUAGUCAUGCCGUAUUGAAAAUAAAAAUUAGGAUUAGAAUUAAUACUACAAUAUACAAUAUAUAUAUAUCAUCGAAGGAACUGUUUGCAAAAACGUAUCAUAAAAUUCUAGUGUUACUUCUUUUACGCUUAUACAACUUGUGAACAAAUAUAACAACCAGUUGAAAAAAAAUCAAUAAAGUAAAAUUAAUUAGAAACUAAUAAAAAAAAAAAAAAAAAAGA